CAGCAGUGUCCCACUUGGACUUGGACUGCAACUCUUGGCCAUGGUUCACAUUAUUGACUCUGGCAAUUUGAAGUAUGAAAGAGAAGAUUGCAAGACUCUGCAUGUGGCUUGACAAUGCUGUCAAGGUCAUCUAGGCAUUUGCUGUCUUGGAAGGUGUGGCUGUUCCUGCCACAGCUGUUCCUUGUCCAGCCUAACUAGCCCAGUCUCCUGAGCUGGCUCUAGUGCUUACUGAACACUUCAUUGAAUCUAUUCAGCUCACUAACAGCAGAAAAGUGUUCUGCUUUCUUUGUCAAGUUAAAUCAAAUGAGUGCCAGAGCCACCAGCUGAGAAACGUUGCAAAGGCCAGGGAAGGUUGCUGGCAGUGGGCCACAAGAUGGGCUUGGCUCUGUUACUUAAACCCUUGCUUCUUGACAUGCUUCAAAAUACCUGUGUUUAUUAGGGCAGGAGAAAAACAAAUGGGAGAAGUGGUAUCUUCUGGAUAGUGGGAGAAGCCAGGAAAAGGGAUUUCAGGUACAAGAGACUGAUUCAGGUCCUGGUUCCACUUCAUGUCACCACCCAUGCCUAAGCUCCUUUGUAACACAAAAAUUUGAGUUCCUUUUAAAACUGAUUUGAAACUUACUACCAAGAACAAGAAUAGUACAUUAUUCAGCCAUAGGGUAUCAAAAUUUGGCCCAAGGGAGCUACAGUCUUCUGCUUCUAAAUGAUGUCUGCAACCAAAAGCUAAUUUUACCCACUGCUUCUAAAGCAGUAUUUAAAGCCAUUGCUCUCUUCUAUGUUCGGAGCCAAUACUGACUGGAGGAAAGGAUUCUCUUAUCUUGAAGGAACCAUUUAUUCAUUGGAGACAGGCCACAGGAAUGCAAGUUUUGGCCAAUUCCCCAUUUUCUGCUAGACUUUGCACUGGUGUGAAGUUUCCUCUGUGUUGAACAUGGCCCCGACGUGCCUGCGGCCCCUGCUGAGGUUCCGCUCCUUCGCCAUCCUCUUCCUCACGCCGCUGCUGCUGCUGCCGCUGCCGCUCGUUGUGUCCACGCGGGAGGCCAGAUGUGCAUAUAUCAUCAUCAUCAUGGCUGUGUACUGGUGCACUGAAGUGAUCCCCCUGGCUGUCACCGCCCUCAUUCCAGUGGUAUUUUUCCCUCUGCUUGGAGUUCAGACUGCUAAAAAAGUGUGCUUUCAGUACCUAAAUAACACAAACAUGCUCUUCCUUGGAGGGCUGAUUGUCGCAAUUUCUGUUGAGCAGUGGAAUCUUCACAAAAGGAUUGCACUGAGAGUCCUUCUGAUUCUUGGGGUGAAACCUGCACUCCUCAUGCUGGGAUUUAUGGUAGUCACUGCCUUCCUGUCCAUGUGGAUAAGCAACACAGCCACCACUGCCAUGAUGGUUCCCAUUGUCCAGGCUGUUCUGGAUCAAAUGGACAGCACGGAGUAUGAUGUGACCAUGAUGGAACAAGCAACUGGGCAAACAAAUGCAGUGAUUGAGCUGGAGGAAAAGAGCACAUCAGAGUCCACUGCAGUGCACGUUAUAAGCAAUGAACAAGUCCCUGAUGACCCCAGAUCUUCUGAGGAACAGAAAAUAAAGAAGCGUAUAUGCAAGGGAAUGACACUUUGUGUAUGCUAUGCUGCCAGCAUUGGAGGAACUGCAACACUUACCGGAACAGGACCAAAUGUGGUACUGAAAGGCCAGAUGAAUCAGUUAUACCCCAACAAUAAUGAUAUUGUGAAUUUUGCUUCCUGGUUUGGAUUUGCAUUCCCAAACAUGAUUGUGAUGUUGGCACUAGCUUGGCUUUGGUUACAGUGCUCCUUCAUGGGACUCAACUUAAAAAAAAACUGGGGCUAUGGGACAGAGAGAACUGCAAAAGAAAAAGCUGCAUACAAUGUGCUGAAGGAAGAAAUGAGAAAGUUAGGCCCUGUCUCUUAUGCUGAAUUAAAUGUCUUCCUGUUGUUUUUAUUGCUGGUGCUCUUGUGGUUUACCAGAAACCCAGGCUUUGUAAAAGGCUGGGCUGCCAGGCUCUUCUCAGGAGGAGACAAGUAUAUCACUGAUUCUGUUCCUGCUAUGUUUGUUGCCCUGUUACUGUUUGUGCUUCCUGCUCAUAAGCCCAAAUUAAUAGCCUGGAAUCAAAGCAUGUCUGACCCUAAAAAGACUGAAGAAGAUAUAAAAAAGCCAUUUUUAUCAACCUCGCUGCUAGAAUGGGAUGUGGUUCAAAGGAAGAUGCCCUGGAGCAUUGUGCUGCUGCUGGGAGGAGGUUUUGCUUUAGCUGAUGCAAGCGCAAACUCUGGGCUCUCAGCUUGGCUGGGUCAUCAGAUGACUCCCCUGGGAUCUAUCCCACCAUGGGCCAUUGCAACAGUGGUCUCCCUUAUUAUAGCUGUCUUCACUGAAUGCACCAGUAACGUGGCCACAGCUACCCUCUUCCUGCCCGUCUUUUCAUCCUUGGCUACAUCUAUCAAGAUCCACCCUUUGUAUGUUAUGGUGCCUGCUACUCUUAGUGCUUCAUUUGCCUUCAUGCUACCUGUUGCAACACCACCAAAUGCAAUAGUGUUUUCUUAUGGCCACCUCCGUGUUUUGGAUAUGGUUAGAACUGGAAUAGUGAUGAACCUCAUUGGAGUCUGCUGUAUCACGCUGGCCAUCAACACAUGGGGAAGACCUGUAUUUGGGCUGGACACAUUCCCAGCCUGGGCAAACAGCACAGCAGACCAGUGAGCUGUGAAGAACUCUUGUGUUAAAUGAGUGUUCGUCUGAAGCUGGAGGAGUACCAGAGUCACAGAAGUACAUUUGCCAGUGCCUUCAAUAAACCAGUCUUUUUACACUUUAUCAUCCAAUUCGCAGCUCGCUUGAAUGGUAUUUGGCAUCUGCAGAUGAAGUGGUUCCACCAUGAUUGUCAUUGGCUGCCCUCUGAAAUGCACAUUACCUGCCAGUUUCUUGACCUCAAAAAAGAGAACUCAUGGAAGAGCUAAGCCUUUAAUUAAAUAUAUUCUGACAAUUGUUUUAGUCACUGAAAACUAUGAUCUUGUUUCUAUUGAAUUAAAAUUAUAGCAUUGGAGUAAAAAAA